AUGGCCUCCUUUUAUAAAUCCCAGGGCCAGAGCCUGAUUUCUGGAGUCGACACAGUUGAGCUUGAAAGAGCCCUCCACAAUUUGGAAUUUGAAAAGAAGCAACAAAUCCAGGAGUUUGAGAAGGAAAAACAGCAGAUUGCGAUUCUAGAGAAAUCAACAAAUGAAAAACAAGAUGGAAUUAAGAGAAUGGAAGAAGAUGUGUCGAGGAUUGAUGAGGAGAUAAAGAGCAGCCAUAGGCAAUUCAGACAGAACAAGGACCUAGUGAAGGAAAGUCAGAAGGCACAUUCAUCUGUUUUGAACUUUCAUCUGGAGGCCAAGAAGAAAGAAAUCCAGCAGCUGACAGAAAAAUAUGAAAUUGAAAACGCCAACCUUCAGAGCAGAUUGGACCACUACGACACUGUAUGGAAAUCUUAUGAAGAGAUCUACAUGCAGCAGGAGAAUGCAAAGGAACUCAUGAAGUGGCAGUUGGAAGUCCUGCAGCGCAAGGAAGCUGUCAAAGAGGGCAGGCUUCAGAUUGCAAAUCUUCAGCAGGGAGAAAAUGCACUGCAGGAAGAAAUCCUAGCCAACGAGUCACCAUUCCAAAGCAUUACAGAUUUUGUCAUCAAAUUUGCUGAAAUAAAGGUUUCAACCCAAGCAAAGCAAUUUGAAAUGGAGCAACUUCUCAAUUCAAUGUCAGCUGCUGAGAAGGAUAUCCAAACUUUACAGGAAACACAAGCAGAAAUCAUUAAGAAAAUUGAGGAGAAGAGGAAGGAGGAAGAACUGGAGAGACAGAGGAUUGAGAAAGAAAAGGAGCAGAAAGAGAAGGCACUCCAGGAGGAAUAUGCCAGGUAG